GCAGAGCAACGGUACUCACGUCGCGACCGGCGCGGGCGGCGGUUCUUACCCAGGUCCCUGCCCUCUGCACGCCUCGAUGCGCCCGCGCACAUACAUUCCACACUAGCUUAUUUUUAAACCCAUAUUAUUACAGUGAAAAAUAAACUAAAAAAACUUCCCACUGUCUCACCGCGGUCAUCUUAUCUGUGUUACAUCGUAUAGUGGUAUUUAAUCUGUGUUAUUUAUGUGAAAUGUUGCGAAUUAUUACGAGUUUAUGAAGUGGUUUUGUGUGUAAGCUCUGUGGAUACCGAAAGCUCCGUCAGUUCAACGUCAAAGGGCACAAUGUGGAUACUCCUGCUCCUCUUCAUGCCGUUGGUGCUGUCCCAGCAGCCAUGGGUGCCGUGUUCCGAGCUGAACGACGACCUCCGGUACCCCUGUCGGUGCAAAGUCCAAGUGGACAGGGCUUUGCAACUGCGCAUACUGAUGAACUGCGACCGGGUUGUUUUCGCUGGCGAUUUCCCACCCUUGCCUUACGGGGCUCCGAUCGUGGCGUUUAGUCAACGGUGGGCUGGACAACAGUCUUUGCCAACACAGAUUUUCUCAUCAUACGGUCUACCAUUGAAAGAGCUAGACUUCUCUCACAACAGUUUGCGAAGACUACCCGAUCGGUUGCUAGCGGGUAUUCGGGGCAAUAUCACCAAGUUAGUUUUGGCUGACAAUCUGCUUGGUGACAAUUUGAAUCCAAUAUUUUCAACUGCUGAGUUCCAUAACCUGCCAGCUUUGGAGGAGCUGGAUUUAAGUGGUAACAGCAUAAGAGGACUUGAAGAAGGACUUCUGAUCGGGUGUGACGUUUUAAAGGUAUUACGCCUCGACCGUAACAAUAUGAAUUCCGCGCCGUCCUCCUCGCUCAAUGGGCCGCAGUCAUUAAAAGUUCUCUCGCUGAGGGAAAACAGAAUAGAUACAAUAAGGCAAGCUACGUUCGUAUCACAGAAGACAUUGGAAGAGAUAGAUUUUCACGGAAACAUGAUUUCAACAAUCGAAGGCGGUGCAUUCAUUAGUCUGAGCGCAAUACAAAGCCUUGAUCUAGGUCGGAACAGACUCUCCAAGAUUAAUAGCGAUGUAUUUCAAGGUAUUGAAACCUUGGAAAGAUUGGAUCUCUCCGAGAACUUCAUAGCUGACUUUCCAACGGUUGCUCUGAAGUCCUUCAACAGUUUGAAACAUUUGAAUCUAUCAAGUAACAUGAUUUCUACCAUGGACCCCAGUCAUCUGAAUUCCUUGAGUUCUCUAGAAGUAUUGGAUUUGAGUAGAAAUAAUCUUGUAAAGUUAUCGCCUGGUACUUUCGUUGGGUUAACGGACUUAAGAUAUUUGGAUAUUGGUGUUAAUUCUUUAAGAACUGUGGAGGAUGACGCCUUCGAUGGUUUGACAAGUCUUCAAACUCUGUUGUUGAGAGAUAACAAUAUUCUACUUAUUCCUGCCACUGCACUAUCACGAUUGCCAAGUCUUACAUCUAUUCAUUUGGGCUUCAAUAGAGUAACGGCUUUAUCAAGUGACAUAUUAAGAUCUGUUUCUGAUAGAAUCAAUUCUUUGGUAUUGUCCAGAAAUGUUAUAAGAGAACUACCGGCUGCCGCUUUUGAUCAUUUUAAAAACUUACGACAUUUGGAUUUGUCGGGCAAUCUCUUGAACUCAAUAUCGGCAGAAGUAUUUAGUGGAUUAGAGACCACUCUUGAAUUUCUAUCCCUGAACCAAAAUAGAAUAUUAGGGUUCACUGGAGAACAACUAAAAUUUGUAAGCCUUUGGUAUUUAGAUAUAUCUGGUAAUCAAAUAUCAGAAAUUCCGGUAAACGCUUUUCAAUCUAUUCCAAGCUUAACACAUUUGAAUAUGAGCCACAAUUUACAUAUUAAUGUUCUUCCUCAAAAUGUAUUCAACUAUAACGAUGCAUUGUUAACAGUCGAUAUAAGUCAUGUAGGUUUAAAAGCACUUCCUGUCAAUCUAUUUUCAAAAACUCAUAAUUUGGAACAAAUUUAUCUUUCCCAUAACAGUUUGCAAGAGAUAUCUGAAGGUACUUUUAAAAAUCUGAAAAAUUUGACUCAUCUUGAUUUAUCUUAUAACAACAUAGUUACUAUAAGAACCCCUGCAUUUGUCAAUGUUAUGGCUAUUCAGUAUUUAUCAUUAAAAGGAAAUCAGUUAAACGCGUUUAAGGGAGAGUUUUUCAAUACGGGAACUAGUUUAGAAGUUAUAGACGUUUCCGACAAUCAAUUAAGUUAUUUGUUCCCAUCUUCGUUCAAAAUUCAUCCAAGGUUGAGAGAAAUCAUUCUAACCAACAAUAAAUUCAACUUUUUCCCGUCAGAACUCAUUAGUACUCUACAAUAUUUAGAGCUCAUUGAUUUAUCGGGAAAUGUAUUAAAGAAUGUCGAUGAGUUAGAUUUUGCACGCUUACCCAAACUACGAUCAAUUUUACUAGCAAGAAAUGAACUCGAAACGGUUAGUGAAAUGGCUUUCCACAAUUCUUCUCAGAUUCAACAUUUAGACUUAUCAUAUAAUAAAAUCGAUCGAUUAGGAGAUAGACUCUUUGAGGGUCUUAUUAGAUUAGAGCUUCUUAAUCUGAAAGGAAAUGCUUUAACUGAACUUCCUGAUAACAUUUUCGAUAGAUCUAGAUUGCAUAUGCUUGAGUCAAUACUACUUAGCCAUAAUUUGUUUGAACAAGCUCCACUAAAAGCUUUACAAAAACAAUACUUUUUCGUAUCAUCAGUAGAUUUAUCGUACAAUGAUAUUGUGGAUAUACCAGCAGAAGAUAGCGUAAUGGUUAAUAUAAAAAAGUUAGACCUUUCAUUUAACCCAUUAUCGGAAAAGACUAUAAAUAAUGUACUAACUGAGCCUAAAACUGUAAGAGAUUUGAAUUUGGCUGGCACUGGAAUGAAAUCAGUAGGACAGUUAGAAACUCCAUUUUUACAUAAACUAAAUCUAUCUUUUAACAACAUCACGAAACUUACUGAAAAAUCAUUUACUAGAACUACAUUGCUAGAAUCAUUAGAUCUUUCAAAUAAUCAAUUCGGGGAUGUUUCCAAUUCAUUAGCAAUUUCUUGGCCUAAAUUAAAAAAUCUACUGACACUUAAUAUUUCUGAUAAUCCUAUUAUAAUGGUACUUGAUGGCAAUUUCGAAAGUCUCACAUCUCUUCGAAUACUAGACAUGAGAAAUUUAGAGAAAUGUACCAAAAUUGAAAAGAAUGCUUUUAGAACAUUAUCAAAUCUAGUUGAAUUCCGCGCGUAUGGAUAUCCUAGAUUGGGAUACUUUGAUGUUCAGGGUGCCUUACAAUAUUUGUUGGCACUAGAAAAGUUAGACGUGGAGGUAAAAGAUACUAACAUUGGACCAGAUCAAUUGCAUUCCAUAUUGCAUCCACGUUUAGAAGAAUUAGGUUUAAGAGGAAAUCGAUUAAAAACUGUCUCUUCAGGUGUUCUUGCUGGUUUGAAAGCCCCUAGUAUUAUCGUUCGAUUACGUAACACAUCUGUCACAAAUCUGCCACCAGCAUUAUUAUUUCCCUUACCAAGAUCAUCUAGGAUAACCAUUGAUGUAGGUGGAAGUCAAUUAACUACAUUGCAACCUCAACUAUUGGUUGCACUUGAUGAUCGACGAGCAGAUUUAUCAAUGUUUGGAUUAGACACUAAUCCAAUACGUUGUGAUUGCAAUACAAGAGCUUUAAGAAGAUGGAUCCCUACAGUUGGAAUUGAUGAAGUCAGAUGUAGUUCUCCAGAGCAUUUAUCGGGAUUUUUACUCAUUGAAAUAGGGGACGACGAGUUAUCUUGUGAUACUAGGCGUAGAACGACUGCUACAUCUUCUUCAAGUAGCAUUUCAACCACCGCUCCACCGCGACUUGUACACCGUACUUCUGCAGAGCCUGAUAUUAUUUGGUCAGUAGCUCCAUCACAUGAAAGGCCGAAACCUCAAGGAGAGCCAAAAGGAGCACCAGUUAUCGGCGUCGCUACCAGUUCGAAUGAUGAUAAUUUGAUCAUUGGCAUUGUAGGAGGAGUUGUAGCGUUCAUUGCUAUUUUGAUUGUCGCAAUAUGUAUAGUUCGUCUUCGAAUGACUACGACGUCAUAUCGAGGUGGUCCACUGGCUAAUAGUCCAGGAGCGGGCGGUGCUCCCUUGUGGGGUGCAGCUUGGCCAGGUUAUGGGGGCACGUUACCACCUCCUUCAUUGUCUACAGCAACUUUGCCACACAAAAUACAGUCAGGUCCAGGGUCUGUGCGCUAUUUAGCUGCGCCGCCACCGCCAGCUCCAUAUUUUAUAAGUAUUCCGCCACACGACGAUAAAAUUUAUCGGUAGGGUAUUUUAACAUUCCAAUUACUAUUUAUGUAAUAUAUUAUAAUUUCAUAUAGUGACGUCAGAGUGGUGUGUAAAUAUAAUAUUAAAUUAUUUAGAAUAUUUGGGGAUGAAUGUUAUUACUUCGUAAGGAUGACGCUUGCAACUUGAGCAUAGUUUUAGUAUCAGAAUGGUGCCCUUCUUUUAUAAUGAUGAUAUUUUGCUGGUCCACAAUUGAACUUAAAUUGUGGAACUUGGGCUAGCUUGGAACUAUCUAGUCGCCAGUGACAGGUGCCUAAACAUGUGAAUAUACAAAUAAAUAUAAUUACAUACUUGAUAAUAAUGAACUAAAUAUAAAUGUUUGUUUAAAUAAGUUUUAAAACAGUAUGAAUUUGUAUAGUAAUAUUUAUUUAGAUUUAGAGCCAUUAAUGUAAUUUAGAGUAAGUAAAUUUGGUUUAGAGUAAUAUUAAAUAAAAGUUAUGUUAAAAAUAG